AUGUUUCCUACAGGAGCAGCUACACAGAAGGAGCUGAAGGUGAUUCAGCCUAAGAAAUCAGCUUCUGUCUCUGCUGGAGCAUCAGCCACUCUGAACUGUACUGUGACCUCCUUCUCCCCCGUGGGGCCUGUGAAGUGGUUCAGGGGUACAGGACAGAGUCGGCACCUAAUAUAUAGUUUCACAGGAGAGCGAUUCCCCAGAGUCACAAAUGUUACAGAUACUACAAAGAGAAACAACCUGGACUUUUCCAUCCGCAUCAGUAAUGUCACACCUGCUGAUGCUGGUACCUACUACUGUGUGAAGAUCCACAGAGCAGACACUGGCAAGGAGAUUGGGUCUGGGGGAGGCACAGUGCUGAAUGUGCUUGCUAAACCAUCUCCUCCUGUGGUCUCGGGCCCUGCAGUCAGAGUUACUCCUGAGCAAACAGUGAGCUUCACAUGCAAGUCCUAUGGCUUCUCUCCUCGAAACAUCACACUUAAGUGGUUCAAAGAUGGAAAUGAGCUCCCUCACUUCCUAACUACUGUGGACCCCAAAGGAGAAAGCGUCUCCUACAAUAUCUCCAGCACAGCCCAAGUGGUAUUGAGCCCUUGGGAUGUCCACUCUCAGAUCAUCUGUGAGGUGGCCCAUGUCACCUUGCAAGGAGGCCCUCUCCAUGGGACUGCCAACUUGUCUGAUACCAUCCAAGUUUCACCCACUGUGGAGAUCAGCCAGCAGCUCAAUGGUAUGGUUUCUAAUAAGUUCUACCCUUUGAGCCUUCGCUUGACCUGGUUAGAGAAUGGAAAAGUAUCCCAGAUAGAAGAGCCUUCUAUGUUCACAGUAAACAAGGAUGGAAGCUACAGCUGGACCAGCUGGCGCUUGGUGAAUGUAUCUGCCCAUGAGGAGGACAUGUUACUCACCUGCCAAGUUGAGCAUGAUAGACAGCCAGCAGUCCUAAAAACCCAUACUGUGGUGAUCAGUGCACAGCAGAGGGAACAAGGUAUUAGCACCAUGUCUGGACUGAAGACAUCAGAUACUGCUGAGGUCCUUGUAGCUGUGUUCCUUGGACCCAAACUGCUACUGGUAAUUGGUGCCUUUGCCAUCUACAUGCACAAGAAGCAGAAGGCCUGA